AGCGAGGGGAGGCUGGCUGUUAUGAGCGGGGAGGGCUGCCCGCCCUUCGGAUCCGCCUGCUUCCGCUGCUCCGCAGCCACAUGCGCCGGCAGGGCUAGGCGAGCCUGCUGGAAGGCGCUCUUUCCCGCCUUGCUUGGGUGGGUGGUUAGCGAGCGCCCGGGGGUCACUGAUCUGCCCACCACCCCCCGGGGGGAUUGUGAGCAGGUGAGCCGAGAGGAGGUCCCCGCUUCCCGUCGCUUGCAGGCAGCCCACGCGCGGCUGAGGCCCUGAGAGGGAGCGGCCCAAGCACGGCUCGGUCUUUGCAGCGCUGGCACCGACUUGGGCCCUCCACUCCUCGGGCGCCUCGCCGUCGCGACCCCUGCCUCCCUCUCCUCUGCAGCCCCGUGUAACGCGGCCCCCUCUCCCUGCUGGGCUGGCGUCAAGCCACGCUGGCCUUCCCAUGUGGGCAUCCAUCAACGCCCCCGCUGCCCACGACGGGCCGCCUGUCCUUCGGUAUUGACCCGCAGGGCUGUGUGUCUAUCCCGUGUGCAGGUCGAUGGCAGGGAUCGAAGGCGGCGUGCGAGCGCUUCCCUCGGGCGAAUUUGCCGCUGGCACCGGCUGUACCCAGUGAAGGUCGCCGUGACCGGCCAAGCCGUUCCCCGGGGAGAAACGUCGCUUCGGGCUGUGGUUGUGUGUGUGUGUCGGACAAUGUUCUUCUGGUUUCAGGCACAUCGGAGACCGCCGUGCUCCUCCAAAAGCCGUGGGCAUUAUUGGGGGGGGGGGGGGGGGGGGCAGAGGAUGAAGCUCGGCUCUCUCGGAGAGAGGACGCGCCUUGGUGGCUGAUCGCGUGUUUUGCACGCAGACGUUGCCUGGUUCGACCCUCGGCACGUCCAGUUCGGAAACAAACAGUCAGGCAAGGAAACGCCUUGGAAAGUUCCUGGGCACGGCGGGCCAACCUGCCGACGACGUGUGAAGCAGCUUCCGAUGUGCUCGAGGAGGCUGGCUCCGGGGCCGAGCGCGGCAAUCCCAGUUGCGGGGUUUGGAUCAGAAGGAACUUCCCACAACUUUCAUGUUUCAGGCUGGAGCCCUGCUGCCCGGCACCCCCAGUUACGCCUAGCUGGCAGGCCUAUUUCCUACCCUGGGCGCAGCCUCACCCCCUCACCCCCCUCAGCUGGGUACUCUCCGACGCUUCCCCACCGGAGCCGGGCGGGCGGUGCGCGGCGUUCGUUGCCUGCGGGUUUCCCCGGCCCUAAUUCUGCUUGUCAGGCAGGGCGGGGAGGAGGGAAACCGACCCUUUGCAAAAGCAAUUAAACUGCCUCCUAAGCAAACGGAGUAAAGGGAAUCGAUGGCGCAGGGAAGGCGGCUGGUGCUGCAGGCAGGCAGGCAGGGGCUGGGCAGUGCCGCGGUCCUGUUCCUCCCCGCCCCCGGCCCGCCCGCCUGCUCCUGCCCUAAUCCCCGGCAGCUGCGCUCCCUCCUGCCGAUCAAUACGCCUUUCACUUUUUGCCUCUUGUUUGUUCCGUGGGGAGCGGGAUCGAUAGGAGGAGGGAGCGCCUCCCGCUCGUUUCCGCUCCCCCUCUUUGGCCGCUCCUUCUCCAAUUAGUCAGUCCUGGAGCCCGCGACGAGGGGGGGCGGGCGGGCAUCGCUGUCCAUUGGACCCCUGCACCAGCGGAGGCGUGCGGCGGAUCCCGGGCCUAGCUGGCCUCUUCCCUCUCAACUUUUUUCCUUUCCCCCCCCCCCCCCCCCGGCAAAGAGGCAUUUAAGAUCCAGGAGAUGGAAGGUAGGAAUUAGGAGGGAGCGGCCUGGGGCGCCGGCAGAGGGUCUUACUUGAGGCCAGUGGGGGGGUGGAGUCCUUGCCGAAGAGCUUCACCAGCCCGGAGCAGCCGCCGGCUGAGAAGAAGCAGGCGGGGUUGUCUCCUUUCCUGGGCGCGGACUUUGCCGGCUUGUGAGCGAUUCAAACAAGUGGCUCCAGCAUCACUUCGGAGUGGUGGCUCUAGAGAGCCAGGCUCCCGCUGCUGCUGCCCAGCUCUUCCUGCUUGCUCUGUCUCCCCCCCCUUUUUUUUAUUUGAGGAUGAAAUAAUGUUGACAUGCCUUGAAUUAUUAAGUAUCCCCUGGAUUUUAUUAGCUCACGAUGCCUAAAUGCUGCCUGUAUCUGGUGGGGUCUUAACCGGGUGUGCGGAGGAGCGGCACACACAGCGGCACGGGGAGCGGCGGGCAGCUCUGACAGCUGGGCUCGUGCAGAUAAGCCAGCGGAAGCACCAGGAGGAGAUCACUAGUGAGACAAGAGCCAAGCGGUGGCCGGCCGGCGGGGAUCUCCAGGGAGACUGGGGCCAGGUUCCCCGUCCUCCUCCACCUCCUCCUCCAGUGGGCUUGCCGGUUCAGGGGCGUCCUGCAGCAGCCAGGGGAGAGCGGCCGGUGCCGAGCACCCCAGGCUCCCGCUGCCUCCCCUCACUGGGGGGGUAGCGUGCUGCCUGGUGCCUCGGCACAGAUGCCGAUUGAGAUUGUCUGCAAAAUCAAAUUUGCAGAGGAGAAUGAGAAGCAGGCGGCGAAAGAGGAAGGGGACAAGGAGAGCUUGCUAGAAGAGCCCAGCCGGCCACGCCACCGGGACCUGGCUGCCUUCGCGGGCACCAGCACCUUGCACGGCCUUGGCCACAUUUGCCGCUCGGGGCAGCUGGGCGUCCGGCAGGCCCUCUGGGCGCUUGCCUUUGUGGCCUCGCUGGCUUUUUUCUUGUACCAGGCUGCCCGGUCAGCCCUCUUCUACCUGGAGCACCCGCACGUCACCAGCUUGGAUGAGGAGGCCACUCACAAGAUGAUCUUCCCAGCUGUCACCAUCUGUAACAUCAACCGCUUCCGCCACUCUGCUCUUACCGAUGCCGAUAUUUUCCACCUGGCCAACAUGACUGGACUGCCACCCAAAGACCGUGAUGGACACAAGGCCUCGGACCUUCUGUACCCUGACCCAGACAUGGCAGACAUUGUCAACCGCACUGGACACCAGCUGGAUGACAUGCUCAAGAACUGCAGCUUCAGUGGGGAGAAUUGCUCUGCGGAGAACUUUACUGUGGUCUACACACGCUAUGGGAAGUGCUACACGUUCAACGCUGACCGAAACAAACCACGGGUGACGCGCCAGAGUGGAAUGGGCAACGGGCUGGAGAUCAUGUUGGACAUCCAGCAGGAAGAAUAUCUGCCCAUCUGGAGGGAGACUAAUGAGACGUCAUUUGAAGCUGGCAUUCGGGUACAGAUCCACAGCCAGGAUGAGCCGCCCUACAUCCACCAGUUGGGGUUUGGAGUCUCCCCUGGUUUCCAGACCUUUGUGUCCUGCCAGGAGCAGCGGUUAACAUAUCUGCCGCAGCCAUGGGGGAGCUGUCGGGCCAGUGUGAAGGGAGAACAGGUUCUGCCUGGCUAUGAGACCUACAGCAUUGCUGCUUGUAGGCUGCAGUGCGAGAAAGAAGCUGUGGUGCGGAACUGCCAGUGCCGUAUGGUGCAUAUGCCAGGUAACGAGUCCAUCUGUUCACCCAAUGUCUACAUUGAAUGUGCUGAUCACACACUUGAUACAAUUGUUGAGGACUCCCAGGAACGCUGUGUCUGCCCUACACCUUGCAACUUGACGCGCUAUGGCAAGGAGAUUUCCAUGGUGCGCAUCCCCAACAAGGGCUCAGCCCGGUACCUUGCUCGCAAGUACAACCGCAAUGAGACCUACAUUCGGGAGAACUUCCUGGUGCUUGACAUCUUCUUUGAGGCACUGAACUAUGAGGCCAUUGAACAGAAGAAGGCGUACAACCUGGCAGGACUUCUGGGGGACAUUGGAGGUCAGAUGGGCCUGUUCAUUGGAGCCAGCGUCCUCACUAUCUUGGAAAUCCUUGACUACAUCUAUGAGGUGAUCCGUGACAAAGUAGCCCAUGGCCUAAGACGCCCCAAGCCACCUCUGAAGAAGCCAUCAGGCAGCAUUGCCACCUUGGGACUGGAAGAGAUCAAGGAGCAGAGUCCUUGUGAGACACUGGGUCGCCACUCCGAGGGCACUUAUCCCACUGGACUCCUGCCCAACCAUCACCAUCGCCACCACUACUCGCCACAAGGGGUCUUCGAGGACUUCGCUUGCUAGGCCAGCUUGUGCACGGCUGCCCCAGAUGACCCCGGUGCUUCUGGAGCCGUUUCAGUCACAGAGGAUUCCACCUUGUGCUAACAGGUCUGCCAAGGCCAAGCCAAGCCACCUCCUCCCACCUCCCAAGGCUUCCAAAGGCCUCCGAUGCUUUAAUCCCCUUCCUCCUGUCUCCUCCCCCGCUGCUGCGCCCUACCCAUUACCCAGUCCAGCUAGCCCUGCUCCCUAGGGCUCAGCACCCCCUACUGAAGCACACAGAGAGCAUCAGCUGCCAAGAUCAAGGAGAUGGAAUGGGCUCCAAACUACUCCACUGACUGAGGAAUUGCCUUUUCUCAGCUUCAAAGUGGGAGGAUGGCCAAGGGGAACACGGAGCACAGUCGGGAGCAAGAAGAAGAAAGGAAAGAUGGAAAUUGAACCCAGAACCCAUGCUGAGAUGGCAGCACCAACCAACCUGUUGCUCACAACCGUACAUGGCAGAGUCUGCUACUGCCACAAAUUGUUCUCUCUCACUUUGUAGCGUCCUAUUCAACAUUUAAAAUUCCUUCUUCUGUGCCAUCUCUUCGGCACAUGCAUUGUAACCAUCUCUGUAUUAUACACACGUGCACAGAGGAAUCAGAGCAGAACGUAAGCUCUGUGUCCUUCACCUGCUGUUGGGCAGUGCCAUACACUCUGUAGUCCACUUGUUGCUGUUCUUACAGGCAUCUACUAUGCCCAUAAUUGGGUUCAAAACCCUAGACCUUGCCCUUAGAAAGAGUUGUACCCUUUCACUGCAUUAGUAGUAGCCCUUUCCGAUCUUCCCAAGGCUGGCCACCUGUCAUCCCUCCCUCACAACUGUAUAUUUGUAUAUAACUGUUUUGGGCCUGCAGUUUUUAGCCAGAUAUCAAGUUCUUCAUUGCUGCAGCUGCCCCCUGCUGGUGUCACCAAGAACUGCUGCUAGGGCUGGGCACUGACAUCGGCAUCAAAUCUCAGGUUUUCUCCCAGCCCAAGUGCAGAGACAACCCAGCAACGGGUUGCUGGAAGCAACAAAGACCAUGUUUCCCUGGGUCACCUUUUCCCCAGAAGUACAGCUUCCCUCUCCCCACACACAAUAGCAUAGUCUAUUCAUCCUUCACCUCCAGCAGCAUUCAUUGGGAUUCAGGGUCCAAGCCACAACCACCCCACCUCCGGGAGAAAGGAGCAGGACACUUCAAAGUUCCCAAGGGUACCACAGAAUUUCAGUAGCUCUACCUAAUCCCAUAGGGCCAGGACCCCAGGUUAAAGUGCUCAAUGGUAGAAUUGUCCCAUUAAUUUAACACCUCAGUGAGAGGACAUCAGACCAUCCACAUGGACAGGAUGUUGAGUCCUGGAUGAAUUCCCAAGGGAAGGGGGAUUAGUCCUCCUAAAUGAGCCAUGGGGGUAUUGUCUAGUUUUGUGAUAGAUUCUUGAGUAAAUGUGCAGUAGAAAUGUUAACCACACCACCUUUGUGCUGUGUUUGUGGGGUAAUGGAGUAUGCCAGAGAACCCCUGGUAUUGCCAUCAAAAAUGCAAGAAUCUUUGUUGUAUAAUGGGAGUGCUGAAAUCCUGGACCACAUCUAUCGAAUUAUGCUUGUUCUCCUGGAGGUGCAUUUCAGGAAGGAAUGUGGCACUCAGAAAUAUGCUGCAAAUACCCCCCUUUGCCCCAUCCUUCAGUUACAACACCAAACUCAUGUAUUUACCAAUCAGAAAGCCACAAGCAUAGAGGCAUUUGGCUGCUGUAGUGAGAUUAAGAAGUUAAUACAGUCUGCCUGCCUACCUGCUGGAGAUGUGUGUGGCUCCAGGGGGGUUCAGCCCUACAGGCUGCAUGGGACUCUGUCUGGGACCCAGUCAGGGAUUAUCCCCGGAAUUACCUAUUAUCCUCACAACUGUACUGAGCGCAAGUCGCUGUUUUACAAAUGUACAAGUUUCUCCCAAUAAAGAGGCACAAAUUAGAAUUCCA